AUGUUGAAAUUAUUACGCAUUCUUCAUGAAAGAACCUCAUUAUUAUAUUUGAAUACACAAAAUAAAAAAUAUUUAGAAGGAAAGUCACCUGAUUGUACAUUUAUCUUCAAUGAUAUCAAUGUCAAUAUUAAAAAAGAAGACAAUUACCUUCAAGAUUUUGUGGUCAUUAUUGGCGACGUUAAAGAGCCAACGAAAUCUAUCGAUGAUACACAAGCAAGAAAUGAAAUAUUAACAUACUUGCAACUCUUGCUAAAUAAGCAACGCCGUAAUAAAAUCUAUGGUUUUUUAACGAAUAUCAAGUGCAUUAAAUUUUUUUAUGUUCAAAAAAAUUCAAAUUUUUGUUUAUAUGAUUAUUUCGAAAGUCCAACAUUGAAUACGUUUGAUUAUUUAUUUGACGUAACACCGUCAAUGCAUAUAUUGACCACGAAUACCUCAAUAAUUGGACAAUCAAAAAAUAUUUCUCUGAAUAAAGAGACGUGGAUUAUAUUUACAAAAUUUUUAAUAAUGCAGAAAGACUUUUAUGAAUAUACAACAUUGAAUAUAAGUUAUAUUGAUAUAUUAUUACCAAAUAGGUAUUCUAUUGAAAAAAAAUUAGGAAAAGGUUCAACGUCGAAUGUUUAUUUGUUAGAAAAAACUGAAAGCAAUACUUGUAUCGAUGAUCCUGAACAUUAUGUUAUUAAAAUAUGUAGACAAAAUGAAUAUUCAUUAUUAUAUUUAAAUGAAAUGAAGAUGAUAAACGAAUUGAAGCGAUUGAAUAUUUCAAAUAAAUUUUAUUUAUUUUUUGAAGAUAUUAUACAUUUAUCACCUGCAGAAAAUGUUUUAUUAUUUAAAAAUGAAUUGGAAUCUAUAAAAACAUUACCAUUAAUUCAAUCAAAACAGCUUAUUGAUAUAAUUCAAUAUUUAUAUGAUUGUAAUGUUAUUCAUCGUGAUUUAAGUCCACAAAAUUUAAUGUUAGAUGGUCAUAUUCAACAAUUGAAAUUAAUCGAUUUUGGUCUCGCAAGUAAAUAUGAAAAAGAUGAAAUAACAAAACAAUUACCAAUAAAUGGUACGAUCGCAUUUGGUGGACACGAAUUUCAUCGUUUCAUUUCAAAUUUACCAUUGGAUUCAAUAAAAUCUCAAUUCUAUGCUUAUGAACGUACUUUUGAUCUUAAAUCUGCUUUACAUGUCAUCAUGUAUAUGAAUGAUAAUAAUGUUCAAUUGAAGAUGAAAUCAAUUCAAAAAGUUGAAUAUUUUAUAGAUAAAACAACACAAACAUUAACAUUAUGGAAAGCUCUACAACAAAAUAAUAAAUAUUAUUCAAAUUUAUUAAAUUUAAUAGAUGAUUCAAUUCAAUCAUCAUCAACAUUUGAAGUUAUUAAAAAAAAAUUAGAAAAAUUUAUAUAA